AAGUUUGUGAGGCCGGAGCUCACGAAGAAGCAAAAGCAGGAGCUCAAGGAGUGCUUUGAUUUGAUUGAUCUCGAUGGCUCUGCAUUUUUUUCUCAGGUGCCAUCGACAGCGACGAGUUGCUGACAGCGUUCAACGUCUUGGGAAUGCAUGUCAAGCGGUCGGAAGUGGACAGAAUGCUGGACGAAGUCGACGAAGAUAAAUCUGGUGAGGUGGAGUAUCCUGAGUUUGUGCAGAUCAUGACCACAAAACUGGACUCCCAGUCCAAAGAAGACCUCGAAGAGGAAGCCAAGCCCAAGGUUCAGCCUCUCCCUUUCCAAUUGCUAGCACAAGCGUAUCGUCGAAAGAAGAUGAUGGAAGCCGUCAUGGGAGGAGACAAAGCUGCUCAGCAACGUCUGAGAGCAAAAGCUGAUGAAGCAGAGUCUGAACGCUUGGCUGUUCUUGCUGCGAUGGAAGCAGAAAAACAAAAUCCGGCUCUUGCGUACAAGGAGCCUGGACGAGUUGAUCUUCAGCAGCAGAAAGCACAGCUUCGAAAGAUGGAUGCCGGCUUUCCGGUCUACAUUGCUGACAAUAUCGAUCAGGACGUCAGAGAUGCGCUCUUGGGUGUUCAUGAAGUGCCGAAGUUCACCAUCAAAAGAGAGAAACCUCCUCUUGUCAAAUCCAGUCAUCUGCCUUGUGGGAGGGAGCUAAGGCCGUUUACUCUAAGCCAACACAUACGAGAAGUUUAUCAAGCCGAGCUUAUCGACGUGAAGAAACGUCGUGCUGCUGUCCGCCACAGGCCAGUGCUGGAGCAGCAGAUGAUCCAUCUCAAGGCUUUGAAAUCCAUCCAAGAGAUUGCUGAGAGGAACAACCGGAGGCUCUUCCGUUCGGCUUCGAGGUGUGGCUUCGAGACGGCUGCUGGCAGCAACAAGUUCAACAAGGCGAAGUAUUUCAGAUCAGCGUCCAGCAUGGAAACCAGAUUGUAUUGACUCAAAUCACCCGAAAAGCUUUAGCAACCUCGAUUCAAACCUCGAAGAUUGGAACCACUGUCCCCGAAUCAAAGCUAUACGCUGUUCGCACGCACCAAGGCCUCUUUACCAGCGUCACCGUUUUCUUGUUCGCGGGAAGACCGUUUAGGGGAACAAUGGUAGGAAACGAGGCCUCUUCGAAAACCUGGGCGUAGAGAGGUAGAGCAACCGCGCUUCUUUGGCUCUUUUCUCGUGAGGACCAAGGAACUUUUUUUUGCUCCCGCUCGUAACAGCCUUGAUCCUGGUUUUUGUUUUCGUAGCUUGUCCUGGUUUUUGUUUUCGUAGAAAUCUCAUUGAAAAUCCAGCACAAAUAAAAGACUUUCUCGCUUAA